CAUCAAUUUCAACCGGGCGAUAUUGUUUUAGGAAAGAUUAAAGGUUAUCCUCCUUGGCCAGGAAUCCUUUGUCACGAAGAUAAUGUUCCAAAACGUACAGUCUUAAGUGCUAGACCGGGAAAACAUUACCACAUCGUUCGCUUCUUUCCCGCUGCUGAUUAUGGAUUCAAUACUAAUCGAGAUUUGAAACUGCUGGGAAAAAGGGAAAUUGAAGCUUUUCUAAGUGACCCUCACAAGCGCGCUGCUGAUCUCAAGAAUGCAUACAAGCUUGCACAGGAUCCAAAGGAAUGGAAUAAUGAACAAAACGAAGCUGUUCGCGAGGCUGAAGAGCCAGAUGAAAACGAAGAUGAAUUGGCAGACGAAGGAGAGGAAGAUGAAGAAGUGCAGCCUGUAAAGAAGAGAAAACAAUCCACAUCCGCGCCAAAACCAUCCGCAUCGAAAAAAGCAAAAGCCGAACCAAAAGAGAAGAAGACAUCCGUUGCACCCACCAGCUCUACAUCCAAUCAUGCAUCAUCCACCCAUAAUCAUCACAAAGACUCAGCAGAUGUGGAGGGAGCAGAUGAAGCAGAAAUGGAUCCAGAAACGAAAAAGGUCAAAGGAUGGCGUCAUACGCUACAAAGAGGCUUCUUGCCCAAAGACGGGCAUAUCAAUGCCAGUGAAAUGGAACAGCAUGACAAAACCUUCAAGCAGGUGGAAGCCUAUCACGAAAUCACAAUCAAUCAGCUACGUUCUACAAAGAUUGGAAAAGUGAUGAAAAGAAUUAUACAACUGCCAAGUGUUCCACAGGAUGAUGUAUAUCAUUUCCAAGAACGGGCACAGAAACUAUGCGAUCGAUGGAGUGAAGUGAUGGGCAUCAGCGGUGGCAGCUCAGCUCCAGCAACAAAGAAAGAAGGAUCAGCAUCUGCAUCGACUCCAGCUCCAGCUCCUGCAAAGGAAGAUUCUUCCUCUACACCAGCUCCUGUUCCUGCAUCA